ACGCGAAUGACGUCCGGCUGCGCUUGCGGCUCUGGCCUGGGUGCCUGCUGAUCGCACACGCCCGCGUCUCUCGUGCUUUCUUUCUCAUACAGAGGGCAGGAGGUCCUCAGCGCGUUGUUUACCUCGAUCGGAACCCAGAUCACAACCAUUCCUCCUCCACAUCACCCUCAACAUUAACGCAUUACUAUCACAGGAAAUACUCCAGACCUCUGCAAUAUUCACUAGUCCUGACAAGAUACCUCGUAACCUCAGCCAUGUCACAAGCCGUCUACCUGCUGCCCCUGACCGACGCCGGUGCGCCUGACGUGCCCGGCACCUACAUCUACCUACCACCACCCUGUGACCCAGCCUACUGCGUGCGCUUCCAGAUUCAGGGCACGAGCUCGAUAUGUCGUGAAGGCAGUCUUUGGGUGAAUAUCCCACCGAAAGGUGAGAAAUUCAGCCGCGGCCAUUACCGCGAGUACAAGCUCAAGCCAGACUUCAAUGGAAUCACCGAGAUCGACAUCCCCAUUCACGAGGCCAAUGCGUACUCAUUCUACACUACUUACACACCCCUACCUCAGUGGUCCUUCACAGAGGUUGCCACGCCUGAACCCACACGGACGCCCACGUACUACAUCGAUGUGUGUCCGCGCCUCACCCUCCAGGGCCAGCAGCUGCCCAUUGAGGCUGUCUCAUUGUUCUCCGUCCUCUCAAAGUUCAUGGGCAAGUACCCUGGCGACUGGGACAACCACCUCCGAGGCAUCAGCCAGCGUGGGUACAACAUGGUUCACUUCACUCCUCUCAUGAUUCGAGGAAGCUCCAAUUCACCCUACAGUAUCUACGACCAGCUUGCGUUCGACUCGGUCGCCUUCCCCAACGGCGAGAAGGAUGUUGCCCGCAUGGUCAAAAAGAUGCAGUCAGAGUACAACCUUCUUAGUAUGACGGAUGUCGUCUGGAACCACACCGCCAACAAUAGCAAGUGGCUUGAGUCGCAUCCUGAAGCCGGAUACAACGUCGACACUGCACCCUGGUUGCAAUCUGCGCUGGUUCUCGACACUGCGCUUCUCAAGUUCAGCAAGGAGCUCAAGGCGCAUGGCCUUCCCACGAAGUUCCGCAACACAGACGAUCUCCUCAAAGUGAUGGAAGCCAUCAAGUCCAUAGUCUUGAGCAAGUGCAAGCUAUGGGAGUUCUACGUUAUUGACGCAGAAAAGAGCGCCAAUGCCAUCGUCGAAAAGUGGAUUGCUGGCCAGGCCAAGUUCAUCGACGACAGCUUUAGUGAUGCUGGUCUGCGAGGCCUGGAGGCAGUCAAGGGCUGGCCCCUCAAGCAGAAGGCCGAUUGGCUGGUCGAUCAUGCCCUGCAGGGCGGUGACAGGAUGGGCGAACGGUUCCGUCGUCGCAUCGAUCCCGCAGUAGGUGCAAGUCUCCUUUGCGCGCUCUUUGGCCGUUACGACAGUCGUACUGGCAGCACACCCAAUGCUGAGGCAGCUCGUGACGCCAUCACUAGCAUCUGCAACGAGGUCAACCUACCAUUCUACCGUGAGUACGAUGGCGACCAGGCCGAGAUCAUGGAGCAGCUUUUCAACCGGAUCAAGUACGUCCGGUUGGACGACCACGGCCCAAAGCUGGGCGAAAUCACAGAAGCCAGCCCACUUAUCGAGCCUUACUUCACCCGCCUGCCAUUGAACGAGACCACCAAGAAGCACAACCCAGAUGCGCUCGCACUCGUCAACAAUGGAUGGGUAUGGGCUGCCGAUGCUAUGAGAGACAACGCUGGUCCCAAGUCGCGUGCGUACCUCAGGAGAGAAGUCAUAGUCUGGGGCGACUGCGUCAAACUUCGAUACGGUAGUGGCCCUGAGGACAACCCUUUCCUCUGGGAACACAUGGCCAAGUAUACGCGUCUGAUGGCCAAGUACUUCCAAGGCUUCCGCAUCGACAACUGUCACUCGACUCCUAUUCAUCUGGCUGAGUACAUGCUCGACCAAGCACGAGAGGUUAACCCAAACCUUUUCGUUGUUGCUGAGCUGUUCUCCGGCUCUGAAGAGAUGGACUUCAAGUUCGUCAUGCGCCUCGGCAUUUCCUGUCUGAUCCGCGAAGGAAUGCAAGCUUGGAGCACCCAGGAGCUGAGUCGACUCGUCCAUCGACACGGUGGCGUCCCGAUCGGCAGCUUCGAGACUGACGAAGUGCUCAACGCUGAACAAGCGAACGGUACAACCGACUCAUCCAACCGCCACGCAAGUAUCAAGAAGAUCAAGCGCAGUCCUGUGCAUGCUCUUUUCAUGGACUGUACGCACGACAACGAGACCCCCGCCCAGAAGCGAGAUGCUCGCGACACCCUUCCGCAGGCUGCUCUGGUUGCCAUGUGCUCGUGUGCUACUGGCAGUGUCUUCGGCUACGACGAGGUCUACCCAGAGCUCAUCGAACUCGUUCACGAGAAGAGGCUCUACUCGUCAGCCAGCUCGACAGGAGGCCUCAUCAAAGCACAGGCCGGCGAGGGUGGCAUCGGAGGUGUCAGGAAGAUUAUCAACGACAUUCACUGCAAGAUGGGUAAGGAAGAUUACAGCGAGACGUAUAUCCAUCACGAACAGGAGUACAUCACUGUUCAUCGGGUCAACCCUCACACCCGUAAGGGGUACUUCUUGAUCGCCCACACAGCCUUCCCUGGAUACGGCAACGGCAACGGCGGCUUUGGCCAGACCAAGCUCCCUGGCACGAAGGCGAAGCUCAUCGGCAGCUGGAACCUGGAGGUCGAUAACAGUCCUGAAACACGCGCUCGGAUCAUCGGCGAUAAGACUACACUCCGUGGUCUACCUGCACAGACGCAUGACCUCAAGGGUGUCAUAGUCGAACCUGUUGGCGACUCGACCACCAUCAGUAUUCCCGACAAAUUCCCCCCUGGCAGUAUUGCUCUGUUCGAGACAUGGGUGCCCGCUGCUGAGCACGCUGAUGGUCUCGACAAGUACGUCACAAGCGGCGCACGGGCUGCAUUCAGCGAUGUGAACCUGACCGACUUGAACUACAUCUUGUACCGAUGUGACCCCGAAGAGCGCGACGCCACAGACGAAAAGGACGGCGCAUACAACGUACCAGGGCACGGCAGCCUCGUGUACGCCGGUCUUCAAGGCUGGUGGAGUGUCCUUCGCGACGUCGUGAAUGAUAACAACCUCGGCCACCCUCUUUGCAACCAUCUGCGAGAGGGCCAGUGGGCGCUCGACUACUGCGUCGGUCGCCUCGAACGCAUGUCGGAGAAGCGCCGAUACCACAGGAUCAGAGGCCCUGCUAAGUGGCUCAAGGAGAGAUGCGACGCCAUUCGCAAGCUGCCCAACUUCCUGCUCCCUCGUUACUUCGCUUUGGUCAUCCAAACAGCCUACAAUGCUGCGGUUGAUCGAUCCAUCGAGCUCAUGGGUGACAACGUCCGCAAUGGCCAGCAGUUCCUGAAGAGCCUCGCCCUUGUCAGCAUUCAGGUUACGGGCUACAUGAACAGCGCCUCGCUGUGGCCGGACAAGACCGUACCCAGCAUGGCUGCAGGUCUUCCUCACUUCGCCUACGAUUGGGCUCGUUGCUGGGGCCGCGAUAUCACAAUUUCUGCUCGCGGACUGUACAUGGGCACGGGACGAUACGAAGACGCAAGAGAGCACAUCCUGGCCUUUGCCAGCGUGCUGAAGCACGGCAUGGUCCCUAAUUUACUAAGCGGCGGCAAGCUUCCCCGUUACAACUCUCGCGACUCGGUAUGGUGGUUCCUCCAGAACAUCCAGGACUACUGCAAGAUCGUCCCGAAGGGUCUCGAUAUGCUCCAGCUGAAGGCCAAGCGACGCUUCUUGCCCUAUGACGACACCUGGUUCCCUCACAACGAUAAGCGGGCUUACUCCGUGUCCUCCACGAUCGAGGACGUCAUUCAGGAAGCGCUGCAGCGACACGCUUCGGGCAUAGAAUUCCGCGAAUACGAUGCUGGGCCAAACAUCGAUAGCCAGAUGAAGUCUGAAGGGUUCAACAUCAAGAUCUGGACUGACUUCGAAACUGGACUGAUCUUCGGUGGCAACCAGUUCAACUGCGGUACCUGGAUGGACAAGAUGGGUGAGAGCGAGAAGGCUGGCAGCAAGGGUGUCCCCGGCACUCCCCGUGACGGUGCACCCAUCGAAAUGAUUGGUAUGCUCUACAGCACCGUCCGCUGGUGCGCCGAUCUGUACGAGCAAGGCGACUUCAAGUACGAGGGUGUUACGCUGCCAGAUGGCAAGCACACCAUCAGCUACAAGGCCUGGGCAGACAAGAUCAAGGCAAACUUUGAGCGUACCUUCUACGUUCCUCGUACCCCAGAGGAAGACAGCAAGUACGACGUCAACCCCAGCAUCAUCAACCGCCGGGGUAUCUACAAGGAUCUGUACCGAUCAGGCAAGGAGUAUGAGGAUUACCAGCUACGCCCCAACUUCCCUGUUGCUAUGUCCGUGGCCCCAGAUCUGUUCGAUCCUGAGCAUGCCCUCUACGCUCUGCAGAUGGCCGACCGCAUCCUUCUUGGACCACAGGGUAUGAAGACGCUUGAUCCCAGCGAUCUUAAUUACCGCGGGUACUACAUCAACAGCGAAGAUUCUACCGACUUCCACACUUCGAAGGGCCGGAACUACCACCAGGGCCCUGAAUGGGUUUGGCCAACGGGCUUCUUCCUCCGCGCCAUGCUCAAGUUCGAUCUUAAGCGUCGCAAGACGGCUGCAGAGCGCGUUGAGAGCUACCAGCAGGUAACUCGCCGCCUUGCUGGCUGCAUGAAGGCCAUUCAGGAGAGCCCUUGGGCUGGCCUUACCGAAUUGACGCAGAAGAACGGCGAGUUCUGUGGCGAUUCGUGCCCUACACAGUCAUGGUCCGCUAGUUGCAUCAUCGACUUGUUCCAGGAUGCGCGAGAGUACGAACUGAAGGAGUCCUCCUUAGCUUGAGGUCUUUCAGGGAUCUUAGUGGACGACCUGUUGAUGAAGUGGCAUCGUAGCCAGCAGGACUACGCACAG